AUGGCUUCUACGAAUUCAGAGAGCAAGUCGCUCUUUGCGGCAGGGGGCGAAGCGAACAGCGAUAAGGAGAGCAUCUGGCAGCAGGUGUUGGCUCAAUCGGCCAAGAAAACACAACCACUUCCCUCCAAAACCAUUCUGCUACUCGGCGAGCGGAACACGGGAAAAUCUUGCCUCGCUGCACGCCUGCGUGGCCAAGAUGUGGUGGAAGGGACGAAGGGCGGUGGUGUGGCGCUCGACUAUGGAUAUCUUGACAUUCUUUUGAGCGAAGAGAAUGACGAUCUGCUGGACAGGGUGGACAUCUGGACGCUAGAGGGGGAAUUGGCAUUUGCAAACAUGUUGGACCUGGCCAUCAACGAGAACACGGCCCCAAAGAGCUUGGCCCUUAUCGCGUUGGACCUCUCCCAGCCGUGGACCCUGGUCGAGACGCUGCAAAAGUGGAUCAAAGUGCUUGAGAACCAUCUUGAUGCGCGCUCGCUCAGGGACGAAAAGAGUGAGGGCCUGGGUGUUCCACUCCUUGUCGUCGUCAACAAGUCUGACGCGACCGCCGCCUUGGAGAAGGACUACGGCUACAAGGACGACCAUUUCACCUUCAUCCAGCAGCAUCUCAGAAGAAUCUGUCUCAAGUACAAGGCGGGGCUCCUCUACACAUCGGCCAAGCGGGAUAAGAACUGCGACGUGCUGCGGGGCUACGUGAAGCACCUGCUCUACGCCCUGGAAUUCGACGCCACUCCCCAGCUGAUCGAGAAGGACACCAUCUUCGUUCCCGCCGCGUGGGACUCCAUCGAAAAGAUCCAGAUCGAUUUCAGCAGUCAGAGCCUCACCAACGACGAAGAGGCCCCGUACGCGGACGUCAUUCGCGUGCCGGCGUCGGUGAGCAGGCAGAGCAAGACCAACUACGAGGCGGAGGUCCUGGCAGAAGACGACCAGACCUUCCUGGAGCGACAGCUCAAGCAGAUCGACAAAACGCCCCAGGUCGGGCCGGCUCAGCCUGCCGGCCCGGGAGCUCUCUACUCAUCGCCCACCAAACCACCAUCCACCAGCGUGGAAGGAACGGCCCCCAGCACGCCGGCCCGCUCGACCGGCCGACCGUCAAUGGGCGCCACACCACUCAAGACGCCCUCCACCCCGCUCGCCACGCCGACCAAGGCGGCCGCGGCCGCGGCAGCUGCGGAUGGGACGCCCUCUCGCGGCGGCGCGAAGGGCGGGCAGAACGAGCACAAGGUGCUCUCCGAGUUUUUCAACAGCCUCAUCAACAAGGACCCGCGAGCCGCGGCGGCCAAGCGCAAGCCCCCGUCCGCCACCGCCACUGCGUCAUCACCCACCUCCACCGCGUCGCCUUCGAGAAAAGAGGCCGAGAAGUCCAUCAACCGGCUCACGGCCAAGCGGGACAACUAG